GGCGCGGCUGGAUCUGAUCGCCGCCCACUUGAAACACCUUCUGGUUGUUGUCUUCAACGACCCCCCCAGCCCCUCUCUCCCGCGGCGGUUGUAACGUUACCUAGCAGGCUUGUCAGAAAUAUGGACAGCUUCGCGCAGUACGCCUUCCCAGCGGGAGAUGAGAGCGACGACGCCAGCGACGACGCGUGGGAUAUCGGGCGCUGUCCGGAUAAACAGUCCCCCCGCGUCAAGGAUCUGGAUGCUGUUGUACCGCAUGCAGAAGAUAACGUAUCAGUGUUGAAAAAGGCCAUCAGUACGGGAGACACGGGGACUGUAGAACAGCUGUUGGACAAUGGCAUGGAUGUGGAGACCAGGCUUGGCUUUGAAUGGACUCCUCUUAUGUGUGCUGUCAAUGUGGCUAAUUGCGACCUGGCCAAACUGCUACUGGAUAGAGGGGCCAGCGCCAACUUCAGCAAAGAUCAUUGGACAGUGCUCAUGACCAGCUGUGCAGCGUCUGUCAGUGAAGACAGAAUAGCUCGCUGUGUGGAGCUUCUGCUAUCCAGAAACGCUGAUCCCAACAUGGCUGACAGGUCACAAAUGACCUGCCUGAUGUUGGCAGCCAGGAAUGACUAUAGUAAGGUCAUCAACCUGCUGGUGUCUCAUGGAGCAGACAUCAAUGUCCAGGAUGGCAAUGGAUACACGGCGUUGUCUAUAGCAGUGCAGUAUGGCAGAGUGGAGGCAGUGCUAAAGCUCCUCCAGCUGGGAGCUGACAAAACCAUAAGGACCAAGACUGGCAAAAGCCCUGCCGACCUGGCCGUGAUCUUCAAAUACCCACAGAUAUCCAGGAUUCUGGCCUCAUCAUCCCACAUUUCUACUGUCCAGGCCCUUAACUCAAUGGAGAAUACCAUGCCUAAGUUCUUCAAGACCAACUCUGAACCUCCACCUUCCAAGGAAAGUGUAACCAAGCUUGAUGACCUUGAGCUCCUUCUACACGGCCUCGAUCUUGGCUAUCUCACUGAUAUCAUGACUGAGAAUGACAUCACCUGGAGCUACCUGUUGACCAUGGAGAAGGAGGACCUGGAGAAGAUUGGUAUCACAGACCCCGUGCACCAGCAGAAAGUGCUGAGUGCUGUGCAACAGAUGCACCUGGACAGAGUCGACCUGGACACAAUCAGCCAACUGGGAGCUGCAGACAGUGGGAGUGAGGAGCUGCACAACUUCCUGAUAAGUGUGCGACAGCAGUGCUGCUACCUGACAGAGACAAUUCAGGACGUCAUCAGCCGUUUUCCUCGCCAAGCCUCUCAGCUGGUCUUCUCACUGGACUCUAAGAAGGAGGCCCAGGCCAUCUGCAAACAGCUGGUGGUCCAGACUGAAGACCUGCAGAAGGAAGUCACCUGCCUUCACAAUCUGCUAUGCCAGAUGGACAAAGCCGGAGAUUGCUGUCGGCUUCCUCAACCUGGUUCCCACGGCAACUGGAAGAUGCGGCACCUGACCAGAGUCACACUGAGCACACUUGGAGCCGCCUUCCUCUUGCUUCUCUACAAAGCUGCUCGUGGAGAGAUUUACCUGCAGAUGCACAGGAAUGUCUGCUAAUCACCGGACAGAUGUGUCCACCACUUAAUGAGCUCAUCGUAAUAUUUUGUUUGAUGAUUUAUGGUGAUAAAUUGGAUUAUGAUUAUGAAAGGGUUGACAGCAUUCGACGAGACAGGUCAUUUUUAUUUUUGCUGCAGUGUUUUGUUUCCCAGUUUGCUUUGACUUGUCACUGAGUUUAGUUCUUAGUUCUUUUUAAGUUAUUUUAUAUUUGAAGGGUUGAAGUGGAAAUUAAAGUUUCUUUUGAGUAGCAUUUUCUUGUACGGUCAAACUAAGAUUGAAAUCAGGAUGUUUUAUUCUGUUUCAGUGCCUGCAAAAAAGAAAAAUUAUAAUAAUUUAAAAUGCAAAACCUGAUUUUAAUCUAGAUAAUGAAGCAUUUAAAAAAAAAAAA